AUGACGUCCAAGAAAAAGUUCAAAUGCCCCUCCGUCAACCCGCAGCUCUACGAGAAGAGCAUGAAGCCCUCCGUGACGAUAGCCAUGGGCUUCAAAACUAGUCACGGCGCCUCGUCCUGCUGGCAGGCCCAAGUGGAGGCGGAGGAGCGGAUCCACAGCAACUGGUCGAAAAAGUACAAUAAGGGUGAAGAGAAGAGACGCGUUGAGGCCCUCGAACGCACACUGGAGCGCGAGGCGGAAAGAAUCGAGGCCUACCGCAAGGACAAUGAUGCCCUGCAGACCAUCCUUUUCCGCAAUGACGGUGUGAAUCCACGUGGCGCCGCUGCCAUGUACCUGAAGGCACGCAACGCACUGUCCCCGCAGGAAAAGUACAAGAAGCCGCAGACAUCCGCACAGGACAUCGGAUGGUCAGUGCCAUUGGCGAUGAAAAGUGAGGGCCAUUUUGCUGCCUCGCGCCUGUUAAAUUCGGCGGCGCGUAUGAAUCAGUCGGCCACGGCUUACAGGAGACCUGACGACGCCGACCACGCGGAGCUUUUUGGCUACAGCCUUGAACGCCCCUACUGA